AGCGCCCGGCCCGUUCAGACUUUUCACCCCGCCUCGGAGUGGGGGGAGCAGCUAGAGUCCUGGACUGUUGCCUGCCGCCCAGCCUCCACUAUAUAAACACACAUUGGAGUCUCGCUUUGCGACUCCAACUCACAUUGAGAGACUGUGUGUGAAAAAGAGAGAGAGGAAAAAUAGAGAGAGAGAGAGAAAGAGCAAGAGAGAGAGAGAGGGAGAGAGAGAGAGGUAUUUAACUUUAUACCAUUAGAAAAAUUUAAACACAUCCACAAUACUUCAACUCAGGGCAAGCUGCAAGGGAUGUAUUAUAGCUGGGCGAUAUAUUGAAGUGCUACUGUUUUUUUACGAAUAUAUAACUAUAUAUAUAUAUAUAUAUUUAGUUUUUUUGUUUUUUAACUAUUUUUCUUGGCAAAAAAGAAAACUUUUUUGAGUCAAUUUGCUAUCUAUCUAUCUAUCUAUCUAUCUAUCUAUCUAUCUAUCUAUCUAUCUAUAUAAUUUAACUUGCAACAGUUUAACUUGUAUUCUUUGCAAUUUAUUUUUAUUUUUAUUUGAAUUAAUUUGGAAAACAAAAACACAUAAAACAACUAUUUAUUAUAUACCAGUUGAUAGUCUGUACAAUUAUAGAUAAAGAUUAUGAGAAUAUCGUUUUUUAAAGAGGAGGCUUGCCUUAAUACAUGAGACAAGCUAAGAUGAUUUUUCUAAUAAUUCAUUACCUCGGAUGCGCAAUGAGUUGUAUUCAUCAUUUAAAACACUAACUGCGGGCUGAAGUUAGAUACAAUACUAUUCAUACUAAACAUAAACAGGCUAAAUAAUAGCCUAGAAAUCACCGAUUUUUAUUUAUUUAUUAUUUUUUUUAUUAUAAAUAACAUAUUAUUUUUCAGGAAGGAUACAAAAUACAAGAUAAUUUGUAUAUAUAUAUAUACACACACACACAUCCAUAUAUAUAUAUAUACACACACACACACACACAGACACACACACACACACACACACACACACAAAUCCAUCCAUAAUAUAUAGAUAGAUAGAUAGAUAGAUAGAUAGAUAGAUAGAUAGAUAGAUAGAUAGAUAGAUAGAUAGAUUUCAAAAUACAUAUUUUAGGCUAUGUUGCUUGUGGUUUGAGGUACUUUGAAACUUUUUUAUGCUUUGAAAGUUUUGACAUUUUAAAUGAAGAGAAGUUAAUCAGGACUCCUCCGCCACCGUCACCAUGUUUUUUGAAAGUUUUGACCUGGUGUCUGUCCUGGCCACCCUCACCGCUUGUCUGGUGUCAAUGGCUCUCCUCCUGGCGGUAUCCCAGCAACUGUGGCAGCUUCGUUGGACAUCCACCCGGGAUAGGAACUGCAAACUGCCAAUCCCUAAGGGUUCAAUGGGCUUCCCCAUCAUUGGAGAGACCUGUCACUGGUUCUUCCAGGGCUCCAGUUUCCACUCCUCGCGGAGGCAGAAGUAUGGCAACGUGUUCAAGACGCACCUGCUGGGCCGGCCGCUGAUCCGCGUCACGGGGGCCGAGAACAUCAGGAAGGUGCUGAUGGGGGAACACAGCCUGGUCAGCGCGGAGUGGCCCCAGAGCACCAGCACCCUGCUGGGUCCCUACAGCCUGGCCAACUCCAUCGGAGACAUCCAUCGCAACAAGAGGAAGAUGUUUGCAAAGAUGUUCAGCCACGAGGCUCUGGAGAGCUACCUACCGAAGAUCCAGCAGGUGAUCCAGGACACUCUGAGGGUGUGGAGCAGCAACCCCGAGCCCAUCACUGUGUACCGCGAGUCCCAAAGGCUCUCCUUCCACAUGGCCGUGCGCGUGCUCCUUGGCUUCCGCGUCUCGGACGAGGAGAUGAGGCACCUCUUCAACACCUUCCAGGACUUCAUCAAUAACGUCUUCUCCCUGCCCCUUGACCUGCCCUUCAGCGGCUACCGGAAGGGUAUCCGAGCCAGGGACACCCUUCAGAAGGGCAUUGAGAAGGCGAUCAGGGAGAAGCUGCAGAGCAGCCAAGGGAAGGACUAUGCUGACGCUCUGGACAUCCUCAUUGAGAGCGGGAAGGAGCAUGGCAAUGAGCUGAGCAUGCAGGAGCUCAAGGAGUCCACCAUUGAGCUGAUCUUCGCUGCCUUCGCUACCACAGCCAGUGCCAGUACGUCUCUCAUCAUGCAGUUGUUGAAACACCCUACGGUGCUGGAGAAACUGCGUGAGGAGCUGCGGAGCCACGGCAUCCUGCACAAUGGCUGCCUGUGCGAGGGAGCGCUGCGCCUCGACACCAUCUUCAGGCUCAAGUACCUGGACUGUGUCAUCAAGGAAGUGCUGCGACUCUACACCCCCGUCUCAGGUGGCUACCGGACUGCCCUGCAAACCUUCGAGCUUGAUGGUUUCCAGAUUCCUAAAGGCUGGAGUGUGAUGUACAGUAUCAGGGACACCCACGAUACGGCGUCGGUCUUCAAGGACGUGGACACCUUCGACCCAGAUCGCUUCAGCCAGGAUCGCAGCGAGGACAAGGACGGCCGCUUUCACUACCUGCCGUUUGGAGGGGGUGUGCGAACGUGUCUGGGUAAGCAGCUGGCUAAACUGUUCCUGAGAGCACUGGCCAUAGAGCUGGCCAGCACCAGCCGCUUCGAGUUGGCCACCAGGACUUUCCCACGCAUCAUCACUGUGCCCGUUGUGCACCCUGUUGACGGCUUGAAGGUCAAGUUCUUCGGACUCGACUCCAACCAGAACGAGAUCAUGGCCGAGACAGAUGAAAUGCUGGGGGCCACUGUCUGAUCAGGAGGAAGAAGGGCAUUCUGAGAAAAGGAUCAAAACUCAAAAACAAAAAACUAAUAAACAGUGCAAGACAAAAGAAAAACAUCCUGGACUUGCUGAAUGCUAACUUCAUAUGAAGAGAAAACACAAGCAAACAUCAUGAAGCUGCCAAAAAUGUAUAGAUUUCAUUUUUUAUAUAUCUUCGUGAGGAACAAUAAAAGAAAAAAGUAUUUGCAACUAUGUGGGGUUGGGGGUAGGUGGAAACUAAUACUUCACAACCACAGAGAAUAAAAGCAGUGAUGAAAAGCUAAAACACACCCCUUUGUAAAGAAGAGGUGCCAAUCUAUGAAAUAAACGAAACAGGGUGAAGAAAUACUAAAGGACAGGGAACGAGAGACAAGAGAUUAACGAGAGGAGGAGAAAGAAAGAAAGAAAGAAAGUAAGAAAGAAAGAAAGAAAGAAACAACAGGAAAACACAGGGUCACAUAAUGGGCAAAAAGAUGUAAGGGAAAAAAGGAAAUGGGAGACUUGGCAAAGGGGACCUGAAGUGAUAAUAAGAAGUCAGGGAGUAUAUAAUUGAAAGUAAAAGACCUUACACAGAUGCGCUGAUUUUUCAGACUAAACCAUAUUACCUGACUGUAUAGACUGUGAUGGAUUUGAUUUGUUUUGCAGGCAAAGCACUUUGGAACAUGAUCUGUUAAGUCAUCAUCUUUAUAUUCAGUAAGAAAAACACCAGAGGAAAAAUCCUAUACUGCUUGUAAAGUCCCUUGGAGAGCUCUUGGUAUUAAAUACAGGAAUGCUACAAAUAUAUAAGUAAUCAAAUAACAUGCUGUAUAAGGUUACAUUGCUUUCGCUAGCUGAAAUGUCUUUAACAGGAUCUUAAGUUAUUGAUCAAAUAUGAUAAGGUCAUUAAACAAGAUAUAAAACAAACCAAUCCCACACAGAAGGGUAACUACAGGCUUUAAAGAGCUUUAUAGUUGCAGCACACUAAUAUAGUUCUGGGAGACGUGUCAGUAAAUCUUAAAACCAGCUUACUUAGGGUUCCUAAAGGAUUUUUCUACUAGCGUUGCCCCGUUUGGUAAGGUUAUACUCUACGUAAGACGCAACAAUGAGAUGAGAACAAUAUUGCAUAAACAGAAUGCAGACAUAAACACAAUGGCAAGAAAAUAAGAAGCUGACAAUAAGCUGGGUAAAAUUACUCCUGUUUUUUUUAUCACAGUGCAGUUAAAGCCAUGGUCUAGUGCGACUACAUUAGAAGGCUUCAUUAUUUCUACACUUGUAUACCCCACUGCACAUGGGAAAAGCACAUAGUCGUGAUUGGUUGAAAUGAUGGACAACUCAACCAAUCAGAGCUGUGACACCAAUAGCAAUCAACCAACUCCUUUGAACAGCCUUCAUACCAAUUCUCAUUCGCUACACUGUGAGGUGCCCAUGUUGAAAAAAACAAAUAAUAAUAAUAUAACCAGUAUUAAAAAACAAAAAAAACAAUAAUAAUAAUAACAAAAAAAAUUACAUACAUUUUUUAAAUAAAAAUCCCUUUAGCCGAAUUUGAAAAGGAUAAGACAUUUAGGCUCUAUCAGUACAAUAUUUUACUUUUUUUUUUUUUUAGACUACCAGUACCAAAACAAAAUCUACUCUAUUCUAUUUGAGUUCCUUUGGUGCCCCCAAAAUGAACUGAGUACACCCAGAGUUACAAUAGACAGGACUACCAACAACAUCUGCACAAUACCUUAUGGGUUCUCUAUGCACCGGGCCUUGCUGACCUGUGCUCCUGUGGCUAAAUCCUUUAGUGCAAGGCCUUAUGGUCUUCAUAAAGAGCCCAAUAAUGAAUGAAGUACACUCAUAAUGUCUAUGAUAUUCAAGGACUUGGGAUCAUUGUAUAUGUCAAAGCAAUGUAACCCCAUUUUAACCCAGUUUUAUUGCUAGCUGAUUUCAUCCAGAGGUUCUCAGCAUGUUAUGCUAGACCUCGACAACGAAAGGAAAAGAAAGGGUGAAUAAAAUCUGAUUUUUGUAGAUUUUUUUUUACAUGCUGCUAAGAAGCCAUUCAUGAAAGUCUCUGUGCAGAUUUGCGUUGAUACGUUAACUACCAUUAUUUACACUGUAGUUAUUACAGCAUAGUUGCUGGUUUCACUACAUGCAUAUGUAACAUGUGGAAUGUAUGCUUUACAGUGCAGUUAUAUGUAUAAUUACAUUGUAUUUAAUGCCUCUUAAAGUGAUUUUUUUUUAAACAGAAUAAUGAAAAAAUUAAGUGUUACAAGAAUUUUGUAUCUUAUACAGUGUUGGCGAGAAACAUCAUGCUCUUUUUUGUCCACUUGCAUUGUUCAUCGGUAGGCCACUAAAACAUCCAAUAGGAUACCUGUGCUGCCUGUUCCCUUGUCAGAAGAAGCGGGUCUUUGUAAAGUCGACAAGUGACACCAGUAACACUGAAUUUAGAAAAUUCUUAAUUUUCUGAAAUUAGAACUAGGACUGUAAAGGAGCCCCAGACUUGCAUACAGCUCGCCAGCCAAUCAGCUGAAGCCAUCCAAGCAAGCACAUGCAAUAUGGGAUUUAAACAGGAGGCGCAGAACUCAUGGUCCUAAUUUAAAUCGACCACUGUUUAGAUCAAUAGAAAAUACAUUCCAGUGGCUAUUAUAAGCAUAGCCACUGGAAUGUUUAAAAGGUUCUGUGACAUAUCCAUUGGUUUUAAAAAGGGGGGACUUGCACAGAUGGAUUCAGUUUUUAAAAGAAAUUGCACGAGGGAGAUUAUCCGAUGGUGUGAAAUAAUGUACUGGUAAUCUGGAAGGAGAGCCAUGGGGAGUAAAGGGGAAGACACAAUGUUGCCGUCAACUUGGACCCAUGUUAACAAGAAGUAGACUUACAUGUUCGUAUUGCCUGUCUUUCUAAUAACCUAUUAUUAUUAUUAUUAUUAUUAUUAUUAUUAUUAUUAUUAUUAUUAUUAUUAUUAUUAAUAGUGUUUUAAGUGCUAUUUUUGUUAUAUUUCAAAAUAGAGAUUUAGUAUAAAGACAUUUGUUUGGUAAAUAUUGUUUUAUUUAGUAUAAUAUUGAUUUCUUUAUAUUGUAAACAGUGUUUAAAUGUUAAUAUUGUUUUUAUUACGUUCAGUUGAUAUUAAUUAUAAAAGCACUUGUGAGUUUAUGUUAAUAUUUGGUGCCAUGUGACCAUGUGUUAUCUAUAUUGUGGUUAGGUGUUUUUUUGUGUGUGUGUUUGUAUGUAAAUAAUAUUUUGUUUCUGUAAUUUACUUAGUUAAAAUAUGAAUGUUGUGUUUUUUGUGAUCUUAAAAAGUGUACUUCACAAUUUUAAAGACUCCUAUAAUAAAAAAAGUUAAAUGCA